AUGACAUUUGCUAACAAAGUUGUGAUUAUCACUGGCUCUAGCAGUGGGAUUGGCAAAGAAGCCGCCUUAUUAUUUGCCAAGAAGGGAGCUAAUGUUGUUAUACAUGGUCAGAAUGAAGAUCGUCUAAACGUGAGUUUUUGCUAUAGGUUAGGGUAGGGUAGGGUAGGAUAGGAUAGGAUAGGGUAGGGUAGGGUAGGGUAUGGUAGGGUAGUUUGAAAUCGUUUUAAAAUUUAAAAAAUUGAAUUUUAGGAAACAGCCAAAGAAAUAAUAAAAGCCAGCUCAUCCGACAAAGUUUUACUGAUAACCGGUCCAAUCCAAAACGAAAAAACCUGGAAGACAAUCGCUUUCGAAACGGUGAAAAAGUUUGGUCGAAUUGAUGUUUUGGUCAAUAAUGCUGGGUCAAGUAACUCUGAUACGAAUCCUAAGAGUUUGGAGUGUUUACAGGCUUGCAUCGAUGUUAAUGUUAAGAGGUAGGUUAACAUAAAAUGACAAUUUUUUAUAUAAUAUUAUGUAGUACCAAUUGUAUGGUACUAUAUGAUACUAGUUAUAUUGUACUAUACAGUACUAUUUAUAUAGUACUAUAUUGCAUUAACUAUACGAUACUAUGUAGUACUGAUUGUAUGAUACUAUAUAGUAUUAACUAUAUGAUACUAUAUAGUACUAAAAUUUUUCUUGUUUUUUGGCUAUAUAGUACUGAAUUUUGAGAGCAGCAUAGAGUAAUAUAUAGCUCUAAAAAUUUUUUAGUAAUGUAGUACUGAACAAUAAUACUGUAACAAAUAAAAAAUUUUUCAAUACCUAGUAUAUACUAUAUAGCACAGUAAAAUAAAAUAACAUAAAAAAAUAUGUUCAGUGUCAUCGGUAUGACAGAAGCCUGCAUCCCCUACCUCAAGAAGACCAAAGGCAAUAUAAUCAACAUCUCUUCUGGCCUAGCCACAAAAAUAGGUCCAGCUACCCCAAUGUACGCGAUAAGCAAAGCAGCACUCGAACAUUAUACUCGUCAUGCUGCGUUUGAGUACGCUGAGUUUGGAGUACGAGUGAAUAAUGUGGCUCCAGGCAUAACUGAGACUCCAUUUCAUACUCGAAAUUCGAAAAGCAGUAAUGGAAGGAUACCGUCUGGACUAGAAAGUGCUGCCAAGAACGUUCCUUUGCAUAGAAUGGGCUCAGCGAAGGAAUCAGCUCAGAUGAUUGUCUUUGCUGCUAGCAACAGAUGCAGUUAUGUCACUGGGGCUACGUUGCCUGUCAAUGGCGGGCUUUUACUUUUGUAGAUGGUAUUUUGAAUUAGAUAUGGUAUAUGCACUGCAAAGUUUGAAAUAAACAUUUUUAUGAAAUAAGAGAUGGAAUAGAGCAAGAAAAGGUACGACAGAACAAGGAAGAGCUGUGAAAGACAUGGCAGAGCUAGAAAAAGAAAGACUUUAAAAGGCAAGGGGCUGAAAAGCAAGGCAAAGCACGAGAAAGUAAGGUAUUGCUUGAUAGGACAAUCAGGGCUUGAAUAAUAGGACAGGGAAAGGCAAUGCAGAUAAAACAAAGGCAGGGCACUACAAGACACGAUAGAGCGUGGAACGGCAAAAAAGUCUUUACAAUGCACGGAAUACCAUGAUAAUAGGGCAAGGCAAGGCAAGUCAAGGCAAGGCAAGGCAAUUAACAUUAAAUUCUGUUUUUUACUUAGCGUUCUACACUGGUACAGACGGUCGUUUUCCUACCCAUUUUCCUAAUACCUCUGUGAUCAUACUUCCGGCUUUUGUUACUACUGUACCUACUAUUAUAUAAUAAUCAAAAGGUUUAUAACUCAUUAAUAUCAUGCAUGAUUAUUUGCAAAAUGUUAAUUUUAAUUAAAGUUUAUGUUUACAUUUUAUUUUUACACAACAUUUUACAUCAAAGCAUAACAUCUUUAUCAUGAAGCGACGUUUUUGUAUAAAUACACCAUCUCUUUGUUCAAGUUUUAUUUCUUCUUCCAGUAGGCAAGUAUCGUUGAGAUGGUAAGCUAACUUUUCGAGGGAGUUAUUUUUAUUUAUAGCUUAUUAGCGACUAAUUCUGACAUGUUUUGCUUUUUUUAGAAACAUUAGCUUCUUGUCGGCACAUUGUUGUGCCUUGCCAAUGCAGAACCAGCUCCAUUAACAGGCCGAGCCUUGGUAGAUAGUAUCAACAAAAAAGGUCUAUUCGAAGCCGUCUACGAUCCAGAAGCUUUGAAUACAAGAACGCUAGGCUUAAAAAUUGAUCCUAACCGUGCCGUUCCGAUCAACAACUUUGGUUUUAGCAACGACUUUCCAACAGAAUUCGAUGUAGCCACGAACUGGCCAGAAUGUGCUGAUGUUGUGAACAAUAUUAGAGAUCUCUUGGUUUACUUCCCGAUCGAAAUCAAAAGCUAUGGAGAGCAAGUUCAUCCCCUAGUGACGAUAUUCCAGAUGAGUUUGAUGUAGCCACUAACUACCCAGAAUGUGCUGAUAUUGUAAACAAUAUCAGAGACCAGUCAAAGUGUGGAAGCUGUUGGGCUGUUAGUGCUGCUGGGGCAAUUUCCGACCGAAUUUGUGUUGCCACUAAUGGAAGUGUCAAGGUUUCUAUUUCAUCGUACCAAGCUGCGGCUUGUGCUGGCGGUGAUGGGUAAGAGAUAAUAUAUUACUUUACCGUACCUUAUAUAUUUUUACACAUUAUGCAUAUUUGCCUUCUAUUCUGUGCUAAUCUUUAGUAAGAUAUCUCUAUUUACUUUGGUAUAUACAUCUAUAUUUCCCUGUAAUCUUACUAUUAUAGUUGUAUUGCAAGUACGAUAGAUGCGGCAUUCGAUACAUUUAUAACUAAUGGCAUACCAACCGGCUCAGAAAAUGACAAGAAAGAAGGCUGCCAACCAUACCCAUUUGAGCAUUGUGCUCAUGGCCCACAUUCCACAACUUAUCCUCAAUGUUCUUCGUUACCUGCUUAUAAAGCUAAUCAAUGUUACCAUACUUGUCAGCCAGGUUACAACAAAAGCUAUGAGGAUGAUUUAUAUUUUGGUACUGGAUAUCAUAGCGUUGAGUCUGAAGCAGACGCUCAAAAAGCCAUUAUGGCCAAUGGUACACUUAUUUUAGGCUUUAAUGCCUACGAAAGCUUUUUGUACUACAAUUCUGGUAUUUAUAAGGUAAUAACUGCUUUUAAGUUUGUAAAGUAGCCACAAUUUUUUUACAUUUAAUUUUUUUCAUAUCAUAAUAUCACACGUUGCAAAAAUUUGAACAUUUUUAGCCUAUAAGCGGCGAAAAAUAUUAUGGUUGGCAUGCUGUGCGUCUGAUUGGAUGGGGCGAAGAAGGCGAAAGCAAAUACUGGAAGCUAGCUAACAGCUGGAACGAAGAGUGGGGCCUUAAUGGAUUCUUCAAAUUGGACAAAACGGAAACGGUCAAGAUUUUGGCUGUUGAUAUCGAUACUGAACGUAUUCCCCAACAUUGA